AUGACGUCAGAGGGCGGCAACAGGGGACAGGAGAAAACAAGUCCAGUAGCUCCCCAGGCGCAAGGGGGCCCUACGCAAAAUAGAAACCAAAGAACUAACAGAGGCCGAAGGGUUCCCCCUAUCACUGUGUUCGAGACGAAAGGGUACACUACCUUGAUAGGGCAGAUUCAAGGAAAACUAACAGGUGCCCUUAGUACCUCAUACAAGGGUGAUAGCAUCGUCUACCAGGCUACAAACCCGGAGGAUUUUCAAUACCUCAAGCAAGAAUUCAGAAAGCGCAAUCUAGAAUUCUUCACGUACAAUGACGACCCGAAGAGCACACUGAAGGUCGUCGUUAAAAGACUGACGCCCUACUGGACCCCAGAGGACGUCAAGAAUGCACUCGCCGAGAAGGGCUUUCCGGUGCAAGACGUAUUCCAAAUGUCUAAACCGCAGACUGAAAUCGAUGACUCUGGAAACGUAGUAUCAGCGCCAAGGAGAAAAACGGCCAAUUUCCAGGUCAAUCUAUUGAACACGGCGGAGGCCAGGAAAAUAUUUAAAGUAGAAAGACUACUUCAUAUGAAAGUCACCAUAGAACUAUACCAAAAACCUAGUGGGCCCACACAGUGUUAUUUAUGCCAGAGAUUUCGACACGGGGCAAACCAAUGCGAACUCGCCCCCAGGUGCGUCAAAUGCGCAGGACCGCAUCUUUCUGGCGCCUGCACAAAGAAAAGGGAAGAACCGGCCAUAUGUGCCAACUGUAGGGGCAAUCAUCCAGCCUCCUUCAGGGGCUGCCCGGAAAGACUGAAGAUCGUCCAGGCGUGGGAGCGCCAGCGAGCUUCAGCUCCCAGAAGGCAAGAACCACUUCCCAGAAUUCCACUGAGAAACCCCAACCCCCCUCCAGCUCCCCCCAUGGAAGUUGUGGUUUCUGCCAGAGCAGAAUCCACAAGCCUUCCAAACCCUGCCCAACCCCAACGGAGUACACAACCAUCUGCUCCACAACAUCAACCACGCCACGAAGAAAGCCCUAUUGGCAACAGGACUUUAGCCGAGGUUGUGAAAACUGGGCGCACUCCUCCCCCCCCAAAUACCCCUAAACCAAAGCCUCAACGAUCCCCCCUCAAGGCAACUCUACCUAUUAACAGAACUCCACCCCAACAGGUCGCCUCUCCCCCACAAAACAUACCCCUCCCCACCCCAACCCAACCUGUAACAGAGAAGGCAGCAACAACACCACUGCCCUCAACAUCAAAGGCCACAAACGUACAACCACCAAGAGCCAUACCAGCCCAAGACAUACCCACCGAACCCGCCCAAGCCACAACUGCACCAGCAGUUACCAACAACACUAUUAACAUCGUCAGUGGCCAGACCACUGCGCAGGAACGUUCCGUUCAGGUCGAACAGGAACAGCCACUCCAGUUGCUCUCUAAGAUUUGGGCGUUUAUAAAGUCCCUCAUUUCACCAGCCUUCCUUGAAGGCAUAACUCAGCUAUGCACCAAAAUAGCAGCAGCCCCGGACCUCAUCUCUACAAUCUCAAUACUCGCCACCAACAUCCUACCACUGCUCUCCAAUGGCAAAUGA